AUGAAAUUUAAUAUCUUUUUAUUUGAUGCAAAAGUUUUAAUUGAUAAAUUUACACCCGUAUUUAAUGAUAUAAAAGAUGAAUUUAAGGAAACUCACAACGAAGCAGAAGAUUUCUUUAUUUGCAAUCAAGAGAAGUUUGUGUGUUGGUUUGCAAGGAACAUUAGCAAGAUGGAAUAUUUAUUUAAGAUUUACGCAAAGAUUUUAAUAGAAAAUACAACAGAAAGUAUAUUUAUUAUUUAUCAUUCACUGAUUAAGGAAUAUUUAUAUUUUAAACAGGAAAUUGAUUUAGAUAAUGAAAGUCUUAAAUUCAGAUUUAAGAAAUUUGAUGCAAUUUAUUUACAAUCAAAAAUUAGGUACAAAGCAUUGAAAGAAAACACUCAAAGUAGCUCAAGUUCAAUUCCUUAUAUAACAGGAGGAGCAGCUGCUGUAGGUAUUGCUGGUAUUAUAAUUGGUUAUUUAUGUAAAAAAGGUAAAUAA